CCCUUAACUCGCCACCAUGAGCGCCACUGCACCCUCCACACCACCUCCCACAGACUCCGACAUCAUCCGCCUCGCCCAAUCCAACUCCCCGAUCCCCUCCUCCCUCCUCUCCCCCCAAUCCCACCCAACCCUCCUCUCCUACCACCUCACCUCCCGCUCCCAAUCCUCCUCCCCAUCCCAACCAGUCUCCGACUACACUCUCUCUCUCCUCUCCCUCAUCUCCCAAUCCCCCCACACCCACUCUCUCUCUCUUCUCCUCUCCUCUCUCCUCCUCUCCUACACCCACCUCUUCACCUCCUUCACAUUCCCACACGACCCCAACUCCCUCAUAACCCUCCAGUUCUUCCACACCCUCCUCCCCCACAUCCCACCACUCAUCUCCCCAAUUCUAUCAUUCCUCCCCCGAAUCGCCGACUCCGAAAACGCACAGAUCCUUGAUCUCCUCCCUCGCUGCGUGAGCCUGAUUCGAAACUCCGACGAGGUCGAUUGUAAGGUUGUUGUUUCCGUGAUUGAUCAGAUUCUGGAAGCUGAUUGGUCCAAGGUAGUGCUGGUCAAGAUGGUUUCCAUAGUGAGGGACUUUCCGGUUCUUGAUAACCUACGGGCCAGGGAGUUUGUAGACAAGGUGUUCGACGGAAUGUCCGGCUUGGACCUGCAGGACCUGCCGUCGCUCGUGUACCAGCUGCUGGUUCUCGCGUCGAGGGGGUUUGUUAAGAGGGAUGUGGUUGAGGGGAUUCUGGUGUUUUUCGGGGCGAAAAUGGGGAGGAAGAAGGGGGGAUCGAUUGUUAGGCAGGUGGAAGGGACUGUGUUGCUGCAUGUGAACUUUGCGGUGAAGCAGGAUCCUUCGUUGGGGCAGGAGGUGAUGGGGCUUGUGAAGAAUGAUCUUAGAGCUUUCAAUCAUUUUACUGUUGCUGUUUUGUUGUCUGUUUCGAGGGUCAGGAGGUUUGGUGAGGCGUCGAUGGGGGCUUUGAAAAUGGCCAUUCUGACUGCUUACCGUGAUUACAAGUUUGCUAAAGACUGUAAAUGGAUACCGGAUAACAUGAAGGAAGAAUAUCUACAGAAUGUCAACUUGGUUGAGAAGGCGAUGUUAAGAGCGGUUAAUGAUAGCAACUAUGGAAGGGAACACAUUGUGCCUAGCAUUUUGCAGUUUGCUUUUGUAUUGCUAGAGUCAGUUGAAGAGGGAAAUCAUAAAGAGCUCUGCAAUUUAAGUGGUUUGUUAGGCAUUGAAGAGCUUGCUAUUCAGAUGCUAAAAGCCAUAUUUGUGGCCCAUGAUAUGGCAAGAAAUGAGAUUAUUGAACAGUGUAAAUUUCGGAUUCUUUCUUUGAAGCCAGAGCAGAGCAUGGUAAUCAUAAGACUACUUAGCAAUCUCGCUCAAAGUUAUCUGUACCCCAUGCUAGAUCAUGUUUCACGUCUAAAGGAAUUGUUGGAUUACUUUACAUUCAUGCAUGGCAAAGUUGCUGCUCAACUUGUUACUGCUCUGUUGCCUCUCAUCAAGUUCAGCUGUGAUCUCAAGGAUUACACUAUUUUGGUAAUGCGUAAGGCAAUGUUUAGACGAGAAGAUACUAUUCGUCUUGCAGCAACUGAUGCUAUCAUUGAUUUGAUUCUGGCAGAAAAGCAAUCUAAGAAAAAUGAUAUAUUGUCUUUUCAAGAGUCAUCUAGCCAGGCCAGUAGUAGUCAGCAUUCUGAGACACUCUACAAUGUGGGAGGAGGCCUGUUCCAAGAGCUUAGUGGUCUGUUGCAGAGAUGUCUUUAUCAACCGGCAAAUGUCAAAGAAGUCAUGUAUCAUGGACUCGUGAAGCGUGUGUUGAUGUCCCCAUCUUGUGGGGGGGGGGCUGUCUUUGAUUUUCUGUUGCCCCACUUUCUCCAUUUUAUUAAGGAGACUGAAACACUAUCCUGGCAGGACGCAGAUGUUCAAUUAGGCAUUAGCUGCUGCAUAAAAUCGGCGAGUGGCAAAGCUUAUGUUCAAGAGCCCAUAGAUUGCCUUCUAUCUUGUGUCUCUUGGAUGUUACUUCUACAACCAAAUGGAAAAACCGAGAAAGCCUGGAAUUCUUCAUGGGCAUGUUUGGGUUUCUCCCUCUCACAAGAAAAUGAGGUAGGAAAAAAUUCAUCUGCUGACACAUUCCAUAGUUCUUUCUUGAAGAUACAGAAGUCUCUACGAAAUCAGAAUCUUGAAGGCAUCUUUAGUCAAACUCAGGAUGGAGGCUCUUCAUCUUUUGAAGAAAACAAAAGAAAAUGCUUUGCUUUUGUUUUAUUAGGAGUUAUUGAAGUACUCAUGAAUGCUAUUGCUACUGAGUUGGACAAAGCAUCGGAUAGAAAUAAAUUAGAUCUUGAAAAUGAGCUUAUUCAGUUUGUUGAGCUUCAUAAUUCACUCAGGAAGGAUACAUGUAACUCCAACAAGAAUAAUGCAGUAAGAAAAGGGACUAGUCGCGCUCCUGCUCACGAUAUACUGUGCCACUCUAAAGAAAUGCAAGCACGGAUUUCCUUCUUCGCAACUUCAAGCAUAUAUCAGAUACUGCAAACACUGUUGAGACUACUGGAUACUGAUUAUUCUAGUAAUGUUGAAGCUUCCCAAAUGGAUAGUCAGUCUGCCAGCAAGACAUCAAAAUGCAGUGCUGAAUUUAUUUCCUUUAUAUUGAAUAUGUCCCUUACUCAUAUAAAAUCUUCCAUUCUUCUGCGGAAUGAAGACCCUUCGAGAGCGUUAAUCUAUGGGGAAAUCAAGAUGCUGGGUUCCCCCUUGUUGAAACUAAUUUCUUUUCUCAAAUCAGGGCCAAAGUUUGUGCUGGAUCAAAAGAAAAAGGAAGCAAAGGGAAAGAAAGAUGUUGGACAGAGGGAGCAUCUUCAUCUGGCUUUGAUUUGCUUGAAGGAAUUGAUAACAAUUUGUUCUAAUUCAGACUUAACUGGUUUGCUCGAAGACAUGGUGUCAAUUUCAACUCUUCAGGACGCUGAUUUGGAAACUGUAUGUGAAAGAGCCUCUAGAAUUGAGGAUCCAGAUAUUAGGAGCAGAGAACUGUUCAUUUUGAAGACGUUGAAGCCUCUAUUUUCUAAGCUUCUUGCACUUGCAUUAUUUGGUGAAGUUGAGAUUAUUUGUGACCUGAUAUUGAUGAUUGGGGGGAAACUGCCAUGCAAAUUGAGGAACUCCCAUGGAGUUUGGGCUACCAGUGUUUGCAAAUACAAAGAAAUUAAGAACACAAAGGUCGGAAAAAGUGUUGUGACACUUGCUAUAUGUUUAAGCUCCCCUCCAAAUGAUCUAGCUAUAUCUCAAGACAUGGCCAGAGAGCUGUUGCUGGUUACUGGAUCAGAGGGACACCCCAGUGGAUUUUUCCGAGAUUACCCCCUCAUAAACCGUCAAACAAGUUCUGCAAUAAAUUCCUGUAUACUGCACAUUGUUGAAGCAGUUGUAGUUGACAUGGAUUGGGCCAUAAAAAAAAUGAAGACAUUCUCAAUGGUUAACCAAAAGGGGAUUCAUCUGAACCAGAACAGUGAGGAAUCUCCUGAGUUGGCAUUUGAGGAGAACCUCUAUGCUAGGGCAGAAGCAGUGGUGAAAGUACUGUCAUCUUUUGUUUCAAUGAGCUUGAAUGAUACGCAAGCUGAGCAAGUACUGCGACUGACAGCAAGGUUUUACAAGCAUUUAGCUCAGAUGGCAAAGCUUAGGAUUGCUCCAAAAGGUUGUAAACAGAUUUUUCCGAGCGUCAAGUUUCAGAAACUUGUGGAGGUAACUUGCAAGGAGCUGACAGUUCCUCUGUAUAUCUUUGUGGAAGUUAUGCAAAAGAAACAACAAGCCAAUGCCAAUAAAAAGGGAAUCAUUAACAGAAUAAAGAGGGAGAACAGAUGCAUCCCAGACCUCAUAUUUCAGAUAGAAGAUUAUGAGAAAUAUCUCAUCCAGCUCUGCAAGGUGACCAAAGUAAAUUUAUUAAGGCAUGCCAAGCGUAGCACUGCACGAGACUUUAGAAUACAAUUGGAUGUGGAGAGCAGAGAAGAAGAAAAUGCCCAUGACAAUGAGAAUGCAGUUGAAAAUGAGUCUGGUGAGGAUCUCGAUGACAAUGAAGGAAAUGGAUCAGAGAGGGUUUCAUCACCGGAUUAUAUCAAUAACCCUCCGGCUGUGGAGGAUUCGGGCUCUGAGAAUGAAGACGGAGAUGGUCAACCUCCUAGUCCCAAGAGGCUGAAGAGAAUCAACAGAGUUGUAGAGGACUCUGAGGAUGAAGCAUAAACCAAUGUGAGAGACUAAAGUUAACGUCCAUCUUUUGAGCAACAUCAACUUGUGAGAUGUGACCUCGUUGAAAAAUUAUCUGUUCAUAACUCCAUAUUCUGCAUGCUUGUAACUAUAGCACUAUAACAGGAUCUUAAUGGUUU